GUGGGCGGGGCUAACCAUCAGCCUGACGUCACUACCUGCGGCUGUAACCCCGGAUGCAGAUCUUCCAGUGCUGUUGUGGGUUUCCGGACGCAGAGUGUCAGCGUUGGGCCGCUCACACGGAAUAUGCAGUGAGGAAACCCCGGCGGUAAAUGAGAUCACAACAGUCAACUCUAUGGUAAUGAAGGCUGGACCCAAAACAAAACGGGCACAGAAUUUAUGAAGAAAGGGAUGGUCUUCUAAUGCAGAGCAAUGGAUGAUGAGGAGAAUCAGGAUCAACUAAUAAACAGGAACACUUCACAGGGGAAAGGCAGACGGCAAGGGCUCUUCCUCACAAGUGAUGACGAGAAUGUUGGGGAAUCAGAUGAAUCAGGGGAUGAAGAGGAGGAGGAUUUGGACGAAGAAGAUGGUGAGGAGGAAGAUGGAUCUGAUUCGGAAGAAGAGGAGGAGGAUGAUGAUGAAGAUGAGGAAGACCUACCUUUGGGAAGCACAUAUCCCACUCAGUCCUCAGCUGAUCUGAAUGAGGCUCAAAGCUCAGAUGAGGAGAGAGAAAACUGUCCCAUCUGUCUGAAUGGUUUCAGAGACCAGGUUGUCGGAACCCCAGAAAACUGCAAUCAUUACUUCUGCCUGGACUGCAUUGUCGAAUGGUCAAAGAAUGCCAAUUCAUGCCCAGUGGACAGAAUCACCUUCUCCUGCAUUCACAUCCGUGCACACUAUGGUGGCGAGAUCAUAAAACAGGUUCCUGUGCAAAACAAAGCAGUGGAGACUGUGGUGAUAGAGGACGAUACUACAAACUGUGAGGUCUGUGGGCGCAGUGACCGCGAGGACCGUCUGCUACUCUGUGAUGGCUGCGAUGCUGGAUACCACAUGGAAUGUCUGACGCCUGCCCUGAACGCUAUUCCUGUGGAUGAAUGGUUCUGUCCAGAAUGUGCUGCUGCUAAUCGGCAGGAAGAUGAUCAAGUGAGUGAGGAAGAAGUGGCAGGCCUGUUGGCCGACGUGGUUCCCACAACAAGCCGACUGAGGACCAAUGUGGUGAGGACUCGUGCCAUUGCUCGCACUAGACAAAGUGAGAGAGUGAGGGCCAAUGUGAACCGGAUCCGCACCACAGCGCGCAAUAUCCAGAUUAGGAAUGUUCCCAGGUACUUGAUGUCAACUCUUCUCGAUGAAACCAUUGAAGCAGUUGUGGCUGGACUCAACACUGCUGUCUACCAACGUAAUCUGACUCCUCGCCUGGUCACUACCAGAAGGAAAAAGAAAGCUGGAAAGGCAACUAAAGGAACCCGUGGGGUAGGAAAACGGCGCAGGCGAAGAUUUAAGAGACGAAAAGGACGGAAACAACAAAAAUUUAGAAAAUCUCCGACUUCUCAUAGUCGCAUCGCUAAGUCACUUGGUCUGUGCAAACCAGCCCGGGGGUCUUCAUUACCUUGUGUGCAAAGGGCACCUGAUCAGACAUUAGGAUCCAUGAGACAGGACAUUGGAGCUGCCACGCUGUCUGUGUUUGGAAAUGCAUACGAUCUAGAUCCCUUUGACAGUAACGAGGACCAGGUCGGUAAUCCCAUGUCUCCACUCACUGCAAAGCGCAGGGUUUUAUCUCGUUCCGCAUUGAGAUCCCAUCAGCCUGUCGCUAGGCCUCUCUCUGUCUCUCUGUCACGAGGCGGAGCGGCUCCUUCAGCCAUGGACUCUGUGGCAGAGCCUGUGCCGGAUCUCCUGGGAAGCAUACUGUCUGGACAGAGCAUGCUAAUGAUGAAGAGCACGGACAUCGUUAUUAGUAGGGAUGGAUCUUUAACAGCAAAAAAAUCCGGUGAAGCAAGCUCACAGACAUCCACUUCUGGAGAAGAGGUAACACCAUCUACUAUCAUCACCCCAAGCCCGUCUCACUCAGGAUCCCCAACAACAACCUCCUCAAGGAACACCUGCAAACCCAUUGAACAUCAAUCACAGCCUAGUUUUCCUUUGUCUGGUCUAUAUUCUCUGUCCCCUUUGCCUUCACCACCUCCAUCAUCAUCAUCCUCUUCUAGAGGAAUAGAUAGGUUAUCUGUGCCCAACUCCUUGACAUCUCCUAUGUCUGCAUUCAGACUGAAGAACGCUUUUACUCCAAGGGUUGUCCAAGUGCAGUCCUCUGCUAGCCGCUUAGCUUCAAAGUUUGCAGAGCCACCGCGUUUCAAUGGGACUUUUCACAAGCAAGAGUCUCCAAGUUCGGGUGAUCACUCACCUCCCAAGAAACAGGAUCUCAAGCAUCCAAGUAUUUCACCCUCAAAAAGACUUGAAAUUUCUGAAUUUCCCCGGAUACCAAAGAUAAAGAAGGAGACAGACAGUCCUAAUAGUGAAACCAGUAAGCGCGUGGAGUCCUCAACCAGCAGCAGUGGAAACGCCAGCCCUCCGAGACCAAGUGUGAAUCAGCUAACUGGGCGAGGGGAGAGCAAGCAGUUAGGAAGGUUUGCUACAACAGAAAAAAACACACGCCAGGAGCCUCAAGCACAUUCAAGACACACUGGUGGUAUUUCCUCUAGUCAUUCAACCUUAAGCAGUAGCAAAACACCUCUUCAUUCUAACAGUUCAAGGAAUGUGGGUUCCUCUGAUUCUGGGGGAGGUGGACUUCGGAUUACAAUCAGUGGGGGUGCUAGCAGUUCUUGUAGACUAUUUAGUCCUAGCGCAAAGGACCCCUUUCGUACAUCAGAGGAUAAGACCCAGCAAAAAGCUACUCUUUAUUCCACAACCAUCAAGAGAGAAAAGACCGUUAAAAAUGAAAUUUAUGAUCCUUUUGAGCCAACUGGCACAGAUUCAGGCUCUUGCAGUAGCAGUCCAGACCGACCUGCUACACCACCUUUGCCCACCCCAUCCACAGAGACAGCUAGUCCAACUCAGUCCAGUGGCGUGAAAGUGGGAGCAUUUCGCAGCUUUAAAUUCACUACUCACUCCAGUAAGGUUGGUUUGUGUAAACUGGGACCUGCUUUUUCUGGAUUGUCACCUAGCAACAAAGAACCUGAUGAGACUAAAAGUCCAGUGAGUGUAAGCCCUGUGCUGCCCACUUUUAUUAAGCUGGAGAAGGAGAUCAAACAGGAAGUAAUCAAGGAUGAGACUAUUGACCUUGCAGAUUUUAGAACAUCAUGUCCAUUGUCUGGGUUAAAAAUUACCUCUGAUCUGAAGUCAGGAGGCACCCGUGGCUUCCAUUUUGAUAUAAAUGAUCAACCCACAAUUUCUAUUAAAACUGAGCCAGACAUUCCCCCAAAUAGAACUUUCCAUCAGAGUACCUCAAGUAACAGAGUUGUUUGGGAGUCAGAAAACCUCCCUGAAACCCCUUCUUUGUCUACUAGCCAUAGUAUUGAACCACAGAAAAAGAAGACCACAGUUGAGGCAGAUUUAAAGAUGUACUCAAGGUCUAGAUCUAGAACACAUUCCCGUGAUCGAGAAUCAAGAUCUGCUUCUUGGUCUGUGGAGGAUAGAGAAAGGGAAAAAAAAUACAAGACCAAGUCACAUAAAGGAAAGAGAGCCCAUAGUGACAGGUCAAGCUCUGGUAGCUGUGAACGGUCCAAGAAAAAGCGUUUGAAAGAGAAGAAGAAAGAGAAAAAGAGAAAGCGCUCCGAGUCCAGGGAAAGAAAGAGGUCCAGAUCAAGCAGUCAUAGCAGCUCUUCCCCCAGGACAUACAACAGUAAAAAAAAGAAGAAAAAGAAAAGAGAAUCAAGAGUUGAAUCCAUGGGUCGAUCCAUUAGCCCUGAAAAAGAGAAAAAGCGAAAGCACAAGAGUGAAAAAAGUUACUCCAGCAAAGAAGGAAAUUUUAGGGCAAAAGAAAAAAAGAAACCCAAAGACGAGAGAGGGAAACAAAGAUCAAAGUCGCCACAAAUGAUCAAGGAUCACAAAGCCCACAAGUCAAAGGAAAAAACGCCUAAUUUUAGAGACCAGGAAAUAACUAGACACAUUGUGUUGUCCCCAAACAAUAAUGAUACAACAAUAACAUGUACAGUUAGCUUUAAAACGGAAUGUCCCCCGGUCACACAAGAGGCAAAGUCUACACUUAUCCAGCCGACAGAGGAAGUACAAGACAGAGAAACAUUUAUUCACUUGGAAAGAGAAGUAUCAAUUAAAGAGGAAAAAGAUGUUGAAUUAUCCGAUCAUGAUGAGGGAAUAAAGAUGGAAAUAAAAAGCCCACCAUGGUCACCAUCUCUUUUGGAUUCCUUACUAACAGAGGACGAGAGUGAGGAUGUCCAUGAACCACCAUCACCAAAGGAAAGUUCAUCUUUAAAUGACGUGCCUGCUGUAUCUCUGGUUAGUCCUCAAACUUCUCCAAUGUCUACUGUCACAGAACCUCCUAGUCCAAAAUCUCAUAGUCCACAGUCUGGCACUCCUGAAGAAGAUCCCCAGCCAGUUGCUCUUCUGCCUGUCAAGAAGGAAGCUGAUGAUCUUCAGUGGUCGCCAUCCCAUUUAGAUGACCUUCUGCUAAAUGACCUUUCAGAUGAUGUGUGCUCGGUGGAAGCUGACAGCCCAGAUGAUGUGGAUCUUGAGGAGGCUAUAUUGAUGAAGAGUGAAGAUAAUUAUAUGGAACCAGCUGUAAUUACCUUCUCUAAAACGACAGCCAUACCGUUUCUCCAAGAUGAUGAGAAUUCGGGUGAUGAAGCAGGAAAUCACAUUGCUGAAAAGGCCUCCUCCAAAACCAGUGACACCAUAGCGGAAGUUGACAAAUGUGAUGUCCUUAAAGAAACUACAACUACUUCCUUAUCCAAAUCAAAACCUCAGAUAAAGAGAGUCACUUGGAAUCUUCAUGAAGAGUCUGAGAAGGACACCCCAGAAGAAUCUGUCUCUUCACCCUUCUACAAUGAUCAGCAGGAUGAGAACUGGCCUGCCUCACCCAAAUCUACAGAUAAUCAAGCAACCAGUUGUGAACCUGAUCCAUCAAUUGAGACUCCCAGUCCACUUUCCUGGAAUCCUCCUGACACUUGCUUGCAGGAUUCUGUACUACAGUCAGUAAAUCCGAGUUCAUGGAAAGCUGGAGAACAAAACUCGGUCCUUGUUGUGGAUACAUCUAAUAAGCUUGUAGCCCCUGCUGGGGACAGACCGUUGAGUGAGGGCAGUCAGGUUCCUUGGAAGGCAACGGAUACAGUUCUAAAGGUGUUCCCACAGACCCUGCCUCCGUUACCGCUCCCUCCCAUCUUUCCUCCCUAUGCCCCUGUGAGUGAGCCCACCGUGCCCUGUGUAGUUCAAACCAGCAGAACAAUACUUAGUCAGACACCAAAAUUUGGCAGCCUUGCUACAACUAACGAACCUAAGAUUCAAGCAGCAAGCACAGGUAAAGGUAAAGGAAAAUCAAAAGCUAUAAAAGAAGAGAAGGCUAAGAAUGAAGAGUACAUGAAGAAACUUCACAUGCAGGAACGAGCGGUGGAAGAGGUCAAGCUGGCGAUAAAACCGUUUUACCAGAAGAGGGAAAUCACAAAGGAUGAAUACAAAGAGAUCCUGCGUAAAGCUGUGCAGAAGAUCUGCCACAGCAAGAGUGGUGAAAUCAAUCCAGUUAAAGUGGUAAACCUGGUCAAAGGGUAUGUGGAUAGGUACAGACACAUAAGAAAUAAACAAAAAAAAUUUGGAGCAUUUGAUGAUCAUGACUUGGGGCGCGAGUCGCCAAUAUGAAGCAUGUUCAGAUCUAGCAGCGUAUUGACUGGGACAGCCUACAGUGGAGUCAUCUGCUCACGUUACAUGCUGGAGUGGAAUCAUUGCAUAAUAAGAAGACUAUUUCAAGACCCAACAUUUUUGUUUUUGUUUUUACUGAUCAGUUUAUCUUGGGUUUUUGUUUGACCAUUUUGAACCAUUUUGCCAUAUACUGAACACCACUCUGCCAGAAUUUAUCGCUGAGGUCCUCACUGGGCAAAGGCAUGGAGGAAGUUCUGGAAAGAUGGGCAGGAUAACAACUUUUGUCAUUAAAACUGGAUUAUUGUGAACGCUGUUGUCCUAUCCCUUUGUAGUCUCAGUGUUACUAAAGUAUACACAGAAAAAUGUGUCACAAAUAUUUUUUUGUUGGCUGUGGGUACACUUUUCAUUGGCGUGGAACUGAGAAAAGGGACACGGCGUUUCGUUUUCAGAGCGAUUGAAGAAAAUGUUCUGGAAUUAAGAUUUGUCCUUUGACAAGAGAAAUAUGUAUAAAGGACAAUUUAUAAAACUAAUUUUAAUUGUU